AUGCUACUCACAGGGUCUUGUAUCUGCCAUAUGAUUGAAUACGAGCUCGAACUAGAGUCCGUCGACGAUGCCAGAGCGUCUGUCUGUCACUGCAAUAAUUGCAAGAAAGCUUUCGGGACGAACUAUGGCCUGACAGCAAAGGUCCCAAAAGACGCAUUUCAUCUGAAGAAGGGUCUUCCAAAAGAACAUGCUGCCGAUAAUGGAUCAGGAGUGGUAAUCCAUCGAGAGUUUUGUGAUAAUUGUGGCAGCUUUGUCCUAGAAUAUGGAGAUACCGCCAAGGACUUCUUCCGAUACAUUUGUGUUGGCUCUCUUGACGACCCAGAAGCCUUGCAUCCUAAGGGUGAGUUCUUUUGCAAGGCUCGUGCAAGCUGGAUGCCUGAGAUUCCAAAUAUUUUCCACAAGCAGGAGGUGAAGCAGUGA